UUACUGAUGGCCUAUGACAUUGCUGAAAAGAAGAAUUUAUUAAAGUAGAUAUUAUUUAUAAGUUUCAAUCAUUUAAGAAUACCUGGAAUAAUGUCUUUAAGAAAAACAAUUUCAGCAAAAUUGAGGAAAAGAGUACAUCCAAUUUUCCUUAAAAUUUUACCAAUGGAGUCUGCAAAAGAUAUCUCUACAGGGAAAGGCCAAGAAGAUAUUCAAAAAUCAAAUGAAAGUUUUGGAAUAAAAGACGAUGAAAAGGUUCAUGAUGAGGAGGAAAACUAUGUGAAUGUGUCGAAAGACUCUUUCCUUCAGGAUAGGACUUCUCCUGGUGCACAAUCAGAUAACGUAAAACAGGAAAAAACAAUAGAAAACCCUUAUAUUAUCUCCCUUGAUAUAGGAACAACUAGCUUAAGAAGCCACAUUUAUGAUAAAAAUGGAUGUAUAAGAGGGUCUAGUAGUAAAAGAAUUGAAUUACUACAUCCAAAACCUGGUUGGUCAGAAAUGGUUCCUGACGUUUUAUAUAAACAAGUUGUUUCAUGUAUAACAGAGUCAAUGAAAGCUGCCAGUAUUAAAGUUAACCAAGUUACAUGUAUGGGAAUCACAACACAACGAAAUACAUUUAUUACAUGGGACAGGGAAACUGGAGAAUAUUUUCACAAUUUUUUAACCUGGCAAGAUCUACGGGCAAGGGAUACAGUCAAAAAUUGGAAUAGAUCAUACAAGAUGAAGUUUCUAAAUAGUGGGUCAUCAAUACUUCACACAUUUACAAGACAGAAAAGAUUCUUAGCUGCCAGUGUUUUAAAAUUUAUGUCUCCUCAGGUAACCAUGCGAUUGUUAUGGUGUUUAGAACAUGUUGAAAAGUUAAAGGCUAGAGUGGUUGAUAAUCAAGUGAUGUUUGGCUGUAUAGAAACAUGGUUGUUAUGGAAACUUACUGGGGGCAAAGUUCAUGCCACAGACUAUUCUUGUGCUAGUGGAACAGGGCUUUUUGAUCCGUUCCAGGUAGAAUGGAGUACAAUAGUGUGUAAUCUACUGAACAUUCCAAUGUCUAUAUUUCCAACAGUAAAGGAUACAAGUGGCUUUUUUGGUGACACAGAUCCAUGUAUAUUUGGAGAAUCUAUUCCAAUUACUUCUGUGGUAUCAGACCAAACAGGAGCCAUGUUUGGUGAAUGUUGUUUUGAUGUUGGUGACAUCAAAUGCACCAUGGGAACUGGAACAUUUGUAGAUCUGAAUACAGGAAGUACUCCACAUGCUUCAAUAGCAGGCUUAUAUCCAAUAAUUGGCUGGAAGAUAAAGAAUGAAUUAGUUUAUGUAGCUGAAGGUUUAAUUGGUGAUACUGGAACAGUUAUGGAAUGGUGUAAAUCUCUAAAUUUAUAUGAAGAUGUAUCAGAGACACACAAAAUAGCAGAAUCAGUACCAAGUAGUGAUGGUGUUUACUUUGUUUCUGCAUUCAGUGGUCUGCAAGCUCCAAUAAAUGAUGAUAAAGCAUCAUCAUUGCUGAUGGGGAUGAAACCAUCCACAACAAAAGCUCAUAUAGUGCGAUCAGUUCUAGAAUCAUUAGCUUUUAGGUUUAAAAUUUUGUAUGAAACAAUUCUCACAGAAACCAGGAUACCAUUAUCUUAUAUUAGAGCUGAUGGAGGUGUAUGUAAUAAUGACUUUCUGAUGCAGCUAAUGUCUGAUCUAACCCACCAACCUAUAGACCGUGCCAAACAAAGAGGUGACAUGACAAGUCUAGGAACAGCUUUCUUAGCAGGCUUAGCAAUAGGUGUAUGGAAAAGUAAAGAUGAAUUAUAUGAUAUUAGACAAUCAGAGAGAAUUUUUGAACCAAAUGAAGAGACAUGGCCAAAAUAUAAACAUACAUUUAGUCAGUGGGAACGUGCAGUACAAAGGAGUAGGGAAUGGUACACAGAAUCAUAAUUAUGGCUGUGUGUCAAUUUUAUUAAUUAUGGUGGACCAAAAGGGCAAUUUGAGCAUUUGCCAAAACUUGGUGUCCAUUGUCUGGUGCUCGUUAUAUUUUUAUGGCCCAUAUAAGGGCAUUUUAUGUUUCAGUCUGUGAGUCUGUCCAUUUGUUUAUUUAUCUAUCAGUCGGUCUGUCCCGCUUAAGUUUAAAGUUUUUGGUGAAGGUAGUUUUGGAUGAAAUUUAAGUUCAAUGAACUUGAAACUUCAUACACAUGUUUCCUAUGAAAUGACAUUUCUAAUUUUAAUGUACUAUUAGACUUUUGACCCCAAUUUCAAGGUCCACUGAACAUAGAAAAUGAUAGUGUGAGUGGGGCAUGUUCUUGUUAAGACUUGACAAAUGAUGAAACAAAAAUUAUCGAAAGUACCUUUUAAAAGAUUCAAGUCAGCUGAAAAGCAUGGCAACUCCAUCAUGAUCAACAAUUCUAAAUUCUAGAUUUAUUUUGAAAUGCACUGAAAAUUUGUAUGAGAACCAUGUAUAGGACUGAGGUAACUGAACAGGUUAAUUGGGUUUAAGAGUGACUUUAAAAAAAAAGGCAUUACUCUAGGUGAGCCAUACAGGUUCUUGAGUUUACUGAUAUCUGCUAACUAAAUUAUGCAAAUUAUGUAAACACGUCAAAGGCAUAAUUCUAAAAAGAAGGGAAUAUUGAAAAUUUUAUAGAUAACAUGAGGUUAGAGCUUAUUUUAAACAAGUCUUUAUAGACUGAUUUCAAAUGUAUACAGGAUGACAACUAGCUACUUAAUACAAAGUUGAAUAUGUGAUGUACUAGACCAAUAUGCUUAGCCUGUUUUUAAUUGAGAUUUUCAGGGAAUUUCACACAAUAUUGGCAUUAUGACUUUCAUAUAUACAUAUAUUUGAUUUUUGUUGAUUUUUUUUCUCAAGUUAAUCAAUGACUUUUAAAUUGCAUUUGUACAUACUUGAGUAGACAUUUUACAUCUGCAAUUUCUCCAUAACCAGUCAAAAAAAAAUACUAUAAAAUAAUUAUCUUUCCUUUAAAACCUUAUUAAAUUAUCCACUUUCUAAUUAAUUUUUCAUUUGAAUGAUACUUUUCAAGUUCAUCUCUUUAGAAAACCUGUGUUUUGUCAUAUUUGUUUAAUCAUUUUUUUUUCAUCCACAAAAUCUCAUUAACAAGUACACUGAAACUGUGGAGUGUUAUUUUACAAUAUGAUGUUAUUGUGCCUGUAUUAUUUAAGGAAAAUUGCCUUACCAAUUAUUGAAAUAUGAUUUCUUUUAUUGUUAAGAGGUGUUUGUUUUUGUGAAUUUUGUGGUUUUUUUUUGGAUUUAGCAUAGAAAAAUUAGAAAAAUUAAACAUACUUUAAUCCUUCUCCACAAUAAAACCUUUUCUAUUGGAUAGAGUUCAUUAACAUUUGCAAGGAUUGACUUUUAACCUCAAAAUUGAUAAUGGUCUUCCACUUCUAGCAUUAUAUGAGUAUAUUCUUACCAUUUUAAAAGUGUGGCUGAGAUAAUGUGAAAAGAUGGAAAGUAGAA